AAUCGAGAUUACCCUUUUUUUUUAUUUCUUCCUCUGCCCUAAUUAUUUUUCUUUAUUUUACGCGCAUCUAUCCUAAUGGCCAAACGAACAAAGAAGGUUGGAGUUGUCGGUAAAUAUGGUACCCGUUAUGGUGCCUCAUUAAGGAAACAGAUCAAAAAGAUGGAAAUUACUCAACAUGGAAAAUAUACCUGCGGUUUUUGUGGAAAGGAUACCGUCAAAAGAAAAGCUGUAGGUAUCUGGCAAUGUCGUGCAUGCAAAAAAGUAUUAGCGGGUGGUGCAUGGACCGUUUCUACCACUACAGCUGCUACAGUACGUUCAACUGUUCGUCGUCUUCGCGAAAUAAUGGAAUCUUAAUUAAAUUACAAAAUCAUCUGGUUAAAUAUCAAUUACAAAAACUUUUUCUUUGGAUUUCAUUAAUUAUUUGAUAUUUUACUUUAUUAUUAUUUUGCAUUAAUAAAAUGAGUAUCAGAAAGAAUUAUAAUUAAAAUGAAAUAUUAAAAAAAUUUUUAUUAAAUUUAUUAAA